UCAAAAGAAUGGAGACGUAUUUCCGCAAAUUUAUCAAAGUGCAAGAAGUAAAAGACGACCAUAUUGCAUUAUCUCGAUUCCUUAUCAAAUUUUUCACUCUUUAUCAUAUGUGGGUACCCGGUGAGUUUACCCGUUUUCGCGUCGUGAAAGGUUAUGUUGUUCUCUUGUUAUGCAACACUGUAAUCAUCUGCCUUAUAUGGAAAGACAUCUUAUACAUACGCAAAACAGAUAAAUUUAAUUUUGAUGACAUAGCCAACGACAUUUUGGUCAUAGCAGGAAGUCCAGCUGGUUUUGCGUUCUUUCGAACCUUCUUCAGUCAACAGAAAGAGUUCCAGGCCUUGCUCUAUGACAUGGGGGAUUUUACCGAGUAUGAAAAACCGACUAAUAUUGAGUUUGUCGAUGCAAGCUAUGAAUUCUACAGUCAGAUUUCAAUGUUGAUUAUUGCGGUACCACUUCCCUUUCUAUUCAUCACAAUUGGUUUGUCAAAUUGUCCGGAUGUAGAUGAUCACAAAUGUGGGAUGAUGUUUGGUGGAUAUUUUCCUGGUUGUAUGUCACCACGUCCCCGGAAAUUUUGCGCUCUAAUGCAAAUUGCCUCUGGGUAUUCUCUUUCGUACGUUGGGUUCCUCUCAUCGUGGUUUUUCCUGCAAAUGAGUGAGCAUAUUGUGUGUUAUAUUAAGCAUCUGCAUGGAUUGAUUGCGAAAAUUCCUACGAUUGCAAAAGGAGAAGAACGUAGAGCUCAUGUUAUGAAAGUUAUUAGAUAUCAUCAACAUAUAUUAGAGUUGUAUGAAAGGUAUCAUAGUUUGGUGAAGAAUACAUUCUUGACGCAUAUAAUUGUCACUCCGGUGGUUCUGGGCCUGCUGGCGUAUUCAGUACAGAUAUAUUUUGAAAUACAAAACAUUGCGUAUGGUAUGUUGUUUGUUUUGGCGCUUUCAGUGGUGUGUUUUAUUGGUCAACGGAUGAUUAAAGAGAGUGAAAAAAUAGUCACCAUCGCAUAUGAUUCAAUCCCUUGGGACGGCGACAUUCGCACUGGCAAAGACCUCGCCUUGCUAAUCCUACGCAGUCAGCGAGUAAUGCACACACCUGCCGGAUCUCUCACGUACUGCGGGAAUGAACUGUUUGUGUCCGUAAUGAAAACAACAUAUUCAUAUCUCGCAUUAAUCCACAGCACCAGCAACCAACAGUAAAUGUAAACACUUGGAAUUAUAUAAAUUACAACCACACUUAUUCACAUCACAUUUACUUAUUAAUUUAUUACUAUAUCAACGUAUCAACACUAUUAAUAUCUAAACACUUUACCUUUUAAUUAUAAAAAAUAUAUCUAUGUUAUUUUAUUGUACUACAAAUAAAAUAAAUAUUUAACGAAUAAAACUAUCACUAUAAA